GGAGUAACAGGAGCGGUUUAACUAUCACGUUGAUUGCGAUAACAGUGUGCAUAUGUCAUAUUAAUAUUCUAAAGAAUGUAAAAUAAGAGGAAAACUUUUCUAUAUAUUUAUGGAAAAAUGGAGCACUUUACAGUGAACGAUACAACUUUAAAGCUUGCAUCAGAAGAUACAGAUUUCAAACCAUAUCCGCGAUUUGUGACUAUCACUGCUGCUGCUUGUGCUAUAAUAUUCAGCAUUAUUGGAGUGUUUGGUAAUUUAGUAACAGUAAUAGCGUUAUUAAAAUAUACCAAACUGAGACGACAAGCCACUACAGCAUUUGUUAUAAGCCUUAGUAUCUCUGACUUGAUCUUUUCAACAGUUAACUUGCCUUUAACUGCAAGCAGAUAUCUGAAAGAAGAAUGGGUUCUAGGAGAAACUUCAUGCACAAUAUUUCCUUUAUUUUUCUAUGGAAACGUCGCUGUAUCUUUACUUAGCAUGGUAGCAAUUACCAUUAAUAG